AGAGGGGCACACCCGGGAUUUUUGGAGAAAUCUUUUAAUAACCUGGAGGGAAAUAUUCCCAGCAAAGAUGCCGAGGGGAACAUUGGUUUCCACGAAAGGCGCUGUGGGAGCAAGCUUCAGUCAACCACCAAUGGAGCAUGCGUGGUGUGGAGAAGCUAAGUACCCAGCCUUGUUGUUUAAACAGCAGCUGGCAGCUUCUGUUGAAAAGGUGUAUGGUCUUCUAAGGGACAGUCUAAAGAAGGACCUGAUCCCUGUGAUAAGUCAAUGCAUUAAGGCUCCGAAGCGAACAAGGAGUUUCAGUGGAAGCGCAAAGCAGCCAAGCUCAUCAGAGCAAAGUUCAACCAACUGGCAUGCGAUGAUUAAGAUCAUGACGGAGAACAUGAACAUCCUUCGAGAGAAGAGGGUACCUCCAUCCCUUAUCAGGCAUUUGUUUACCCAGACGUUCGCUUUCAUCAAUGUGCACUUGUUCAAUAGUCUGUUGUUGCGACGGGAAUGCUGUUCGAUGAGCAAUGGAAUGUACAUGAGAGAAGGUAUAAUGCAACUUGCGCAGUGGUUCAGGGCCACGGGAACUAUGUACGCCGGGAGUUCGUGGGAAGAGCUGCAGCACAUAAGGCAGGCAGUAGAGUUUCUGGUCUACCAAAGAAAGCCAAAAGCAACUCUGGAUGAGAUUAUGCGGAAACUUUGCCCAGACUUGAGUGUGCAGCAGCUGUACCGUAUUAGUACCAUGUUCUGGGACGAGAAGUACCAGACGAAGACCGUCUCACCGGAGGUGAUGUCUAUGCUGAGGACCCUCAUGAUGCAGGCAACGACUGAUGAGUCGUGUACGGAGAGUGGGAAUUCCUUCCUGUUGGAAGAUAACACAACGAUUCCGUUCUCCAUCGAUGACGUCUCAACAUCGACAUCCGACGUUGAUGUGAUGAAUGUACAGCCCCCGGCUCUUCUGCGGAAUUUGUCGUCGUUUUAUUUCCUAAAGCCACUGAGAAAACGGCACGCAUCUCUGUCAACUCCAGACCGCAGCGCCAAGGAGUAGCAGCACAUCCAGCUUCAACACCUUUGCGGGUGCUGUCUGUCUUGUUAUCUUCUUCGCACUACAGUUCUUCGCUGCGCUGCGGUGCGUAUGGCACAGGAGUGACAAGUUGUGCCAAAGACGCCCACCUCGCGAUCGCUGAUCAGUACCAAUACGCAGAGAUGUGAGGUCCUCGGUUCGUCCAUCUGCGCGUUCAUGACCGAUAGCUAGUGCAUGCAUCCGCGCAUGCACACACAUGCCCUCACCGCGAAACCGGUUUGUUUACAGAUGCAUUGCAAGCCGUGUGCGGACGCCCGUCACCAGAUGCAGACCAGUGUGCAGUCACACACGUAAAUGAAUGGACGUGCAGGUCGACAAAACUCGUAUAGAAAUAGCAACAAGAGGUUUAGAAGAAAUAGCAGUUACUGCCGCUUCCUUGUUUAUGACUGACUGUGGCGGUUCCAACUGUGGCGGUUCCAAGGGUGCAGUUGUUCGCCGAUGAAAGUCUUUCGCCAAUUGGCCGAUGAAAGUCUUUCGCCAAUUGGCCGAUGAAAGUCUUUCGCCAAUUGGCCGAUGAAAGUGUUGCAUCAAUUGUUGUUUGCUGUGACACGCAUUAAGCGUGCUCAGCUCACCUGCACAGGUAUGCGAAGAUAGUCCAGGAUGUCCAGGAGUCGACAAAGACCCGGGUUGGUUUUGUCCUCCUUCAACCUCCCGUGCCACACGCACACACACACACACACACACACACACACACUGAUGAGUCGGUGAAAGUCCGACGAAACAGUCUGGUACAGUCAUGCUUUUUUUGAGUGUAUAGCGAAUAUGACCACACACACACACACACACACACACACGCACUCACAACAGAAGCAGAAAGAAUACAUGAGACCUCACUAUACGCAUAUGCUCUCGCAAUCAGGACUAUGGCAUGGGCCGGGUUGGUUCUGUCCUCCUCUGGCCUUCCGUGUCUCACACACACACACACACACACACACACAACAGAAGCAGAAAGAAUAUAGGAGACCUCACAGCAGAGACAUACGCAUAUGCUCGCGCAAUCAGGGCUCUGGCGAGGGCCAGGUUGGUUCUGUCCUCCUCUGGCCUUUCGUGUGACACACAAACACUCACACACACAUCACAUCCAGAAAGAACACAGAGCUGUCACAGCACAGACAUACACAUCUGCUCGCCCAAUCGGGGUUCUGGGCCUAGUCUGUUCCAAGUCUGUUCCUGGUCUGUUCAAGAUGGCAACCAUGUA